AUGAAACUCCCUACAGCGUGCACCAGGUGCAGAAGGCGGCGCAAAAAGUGCUUCCGGACAAAACCUGACGGCCCGUGUGAUGCCUGUGCCAAGAAGCAGAACCAUCAGUGCUCGCUCGUCCAGCCACCAGGUGAUGUUUCUCCUCAGCCACAUCGCGUCUCGGCAGUCGAGGAUCUGAACCCGCAGGCUGCUCUCUCGCAUGACCUCAUUGAAGAACUUGUGGAGAAUUAUAUUUACUACAUACUUGACAGGCCUCAUACGCUCUUCCAUCUACCUACCUUGCGGAAUGCAGUGAAGGAAGAUACGUUGGGAGAUGCUUUGCUGUCAGCGAUAUUGGCGUUUGGGUGUCGGUUUCAUGACAAGCCUGAGAUAGCAUCGCUUGGGCCUGCGUUUAUGGAAAAGUCCAAAUACUUACUGAAGUUGGAUAUGGAGAAUAUCUGUCUUGAGAAUAUCCAGACAUGCGUGUUGCUCGCAAAUUUGUCAUCUUCGUCCAAGAACCCAGAGUCUGAGGCUCUGUUUGUCACUCUUGGCAUUCGUAUGGCUGAGAUUCUUGGCUUGGACCAGCCGGACCCGGAGGACUCGGAGGUUCUACGUGAAACAAAAUGCAGGGUAUGGUGGACACUUUUCAUGGCUGACCGUUGGAGUUCAGUUGGUCGCAACCUCCGACGAGCGAUGCCGGACUUUAAUCAGGAGACUCCCCUACCAAUGGAUGAAGACUACUUUCAUCAUCUGGAUAUUGACCAAGGUACGGACAGUGUCGAGGCAUCGCCCCCGCGCCCUCGCACACUGGGCCUCUGGGCAUACAACAUCAUGCUCGCAAAACAGCUAGGGCCUAUUCGAGACCUGAAUAAGCAGUGGAAUCAGGAGGGCAUCUCGGAAGAUUACGUGAUGCAGCGCGUCGCAGAUCUAGCAGAAGGCCUACAGCUCUGGGAAGCGGGUCUCCCCGAGGAAAAGAAGGCGACAGAGGAGAACCUCCAGGCACACAGUGCAAAGAAGCUUGGGGGACCGUUCCUCGCCAUACAUACAGGCUACCACCAGCAUUUCGUGCUGCUGCUGUUCCGGUUUCUGGACCUGAAUCGGGCGCAGACGCCCAAGACGAUCGAGUACGCCGAGCUGUGCAAGUAUCACGCAAGGUCGAUCAGUCAACUCGUCAAACUGUCCCGCCAAGUUCCGAACUGCGCGAUGGUAUUUGGGGGAGUGGGAUACAUGACUGUUGCGUCUUCAGCGGUACUUCUGCAUACGCUCAUUUUCGGGCAGCAGGAUGACACGGCUGAUAUACGGGCCAAGCUGGAGUCCAACUAUGAGACCAUCUAUGCGCUUCAAAAAUACUGGCCUUCGAUUCAGAACUCGGUUAGUAGAGAGACUUGUGUUAGUGGUUAG